CCACCUCCCAUCCCCGCCCACCCCGGCUGUGAACUCUCCCCGCAAAUGGCCAAAGCGGUGAAAGACUAUGCGAUCGAGUAUUGUUGCGACUACAUAAAGGCCAAGAAUCUGCUCAGAGACAAGAUCGUGGCAAAGGUCCUCGAGAACACUCAGGAGAAGCUCAUGGAAUUGUUGCAAAAUGACCUUGAUUGGAUGAGCAGUGAGGAGGAGGAUGAUGAUCUCGACCUUGAAUCCGACAUGGAGGAAGGUGACCGGACCUUGGAGGGUUAAGAUCAGAG